CAAAGCUUCAAGCUUCUUGCUUUAGAGAGAAAGAGAGAGAGAGAGAGAGAUCUUGUAGUAGUAGCUUCUUGCUUUAAAUAGAGAGCCGGAAAAAUUUAACCGCAAAACCCAAAAACUUUGUUUUCCGGCCAAGAUGAUAGCUCACUUGGAGUACUGUUUGCUCCAAGAAAACGAAAACGAUACCGAAUCCCGGCCUUACGACGUCGCCUCCGACCUCCAAGCGGCCAAAGAUUUCGGCAUUUUAUCCAACGCUGGUGUCACCGGCCAGGCUUCCAACUCGGAGCUCUUGUUUUCCGGUCUUGUCGGACUGGGCACCAGAGCUAGAGUCUUGCUCCGGCAAGCCCCGGACAUGAUGAGGUGGAUAAGGCUGGGCUACACCGAGUUGGACGCCUUCACCCGCCACGCCCAGUCGCUAAUUACUCUUGACCACAACGACGACUUGUUCGAUUAUGUCCGCACAUCUUUAAGGAAGAGCAGCACAUCAAGGCCAUAAGAACAUCUUCAAGAACGGCAUUGGUAGACCCAUGCUCGUUUACCCUCUUCUUCAUCAAGUCUUUCCGUAAUAACUUGCAGAUUUUCAAUGUCAUAGAGUUGGAGGUUCUUACGAAGAUUUGUAUUUGCUCGGAAAAAGAAAACCUGAACAAAAGUCUUACUCCAAGAAAGUCUUUUAUCAGCUUUCAAAUUAACGCAUGAAGGAGCAUCACGUAAUUAAUCUCGGUUUUUGUUCUGAUGGCAAUCCUCGCUCCGGACAGAAAAUUUUCUCAAGAAUUAUUAGCAAACCAUAGCUAGCUAGAGCUAAUAGUCAUUGUCAUUUUAAGUUUCUUCAGUAAUGUUUAUCCUCUUGUGUUUUCCUGUCGGCCAGUGCCAUUGUUGUUAUCAAUUGAACAUUUCGG